GGCUGUACGUCACUGCAGUCAGCUGGUUUCAGUCCUGGGGCAGCGAUGGCGGAGACGGACGAUGUGGAGGUGAUGAUGAGCAACCACAGCGAUCUCCUCAAAAGCGACGGGAAAAGCAGCCGCUACCCGCACUGCAUAGUGUGGACGCCCAUCCCCAUCCUGUCGUGGGUGCUCCCCUUCAUCGGUCACAUGGGCAUUUGCACCUCCUCCGGAAUCAUACGGGAUUUCGCAGGUUCUUACUUUGUGUCGGAGGACAACAUGGGCUUUGGUAGACCAACAAAGUGCUGGAAGCUUGAUGUGGACAAAGUCUGUGGUAAUGGAGCUGCGGCGUGGGACAAAGCAGUGCUGGAUGCGUCUGAGGAAUACAAGUGUCGAACGCACAAUCUAUGCUCGGACAACUGCCAUUCCCACGUUGCUAUGGCCCUAAACCUCAUGCGCUACGACAACAGUACGUCUUGGAACAUGGUGAACCUGUGUGCGCUGUCCCUCAUCAAUGGGAAACAUGUGAGCUGGCAAGCGUUCCUCAAGACCUGGCUCCCCUUCCUCAUGCUGUGCGGAGUCCUGGCCACCUUCAUCCUGACGUUCAACCUCCAGUGAUGGAGCGAGCGGCGCGAUAGGAUGACUCGCAGACUUUGGUUAAACUUGUCAUUGAUGUGACUAAUGUGCGUCGAAGGGAUAUUUGUUAUUGAAGGACUUCACUGUCUGUAAUGAUCUUGUCUGUUAGAGGGGGAUUGAGGGAAGAGCUGGUUGUUAAUCAUUUUGGAGACAGAAAAUGAUUAUUUAUUUAUUGAUUAAAAAUAGUCUCCGUAACUCAUUUUCACAUCGUGGGUUCAUGUUUUUGUGGAUUCUAUCUAGAGGAUUACUAAGGAAUGAUUCCUCUGUAGUGGAGUAAUGCUCCCGAGUUCAGCCGAUGUUUUAUUUCUUUCAUGGAUGGAGAUGAUGAAUGCGUUUCCAGUCCGGCUAAUGUACAUUUCAGUGAUGAAUGGCCACAAAACGAACCAUGAAAUCUUAACGCAGAAAUGUGUUCAUCAAUUAUUUGUCCAGGAGAUAUGAGUUACUCCCAAAGAUAGAAUGAUGUAGGAAACAUGUGAAAAAUAGUGAUACUGAAAAUGUCCCUUCUCCUCCCUCUAAGAUUUCUUCUUACGUAUAAAAAAACAGAUGUGUACUUGGUUUUCAAUUGAACCAUGCAUCCUGGUGCUGGAAAUCUGCA